AUGAUAAGUGCAGCAUUUGCAGCAGCAGUUGCUGCAGCUGGUGGUCAAUCAACUCCUGAAACAAAUCCAUCAAUUGGUUGUGAAAGUAUAAAAAAUUCAGUAACACAAAAAAUUGAUUCAGUUGAUGGAAUUUAUUCACAACAAAAUGUAAAUGCUUCUGCUUGGGCAGAUCAUAUUCCUUUAAUUAGUGGUUAUUCAAAUACAGUUCCAUUUUCAAUUGAUUCAACUCAAAAUAAUAUGAUUUCUAAUAAUGGUUUUAUGUAUGAUCAAAAUUCUCAUUUUGUUUCUAAUAGUGCAACAAAUUAUUUUCAAUCAAAUCAAGGAUAUUCUUAUCCUAUAUUCUCUAAUCCUACAACAAAUAUUUCUAUUGAUACAACACAUAAUGGUGAUAUGAUAACAACAUCAGUACCAAUAAAUUCUGAUCAAGGAAAAGAAAAAAACAAAGAAGAAAAUAAAAUUGAAGAUGAAACAGAAAUUGUUGAUGAAAAUGAUGAUGAAAAUGAGGGUUCAGUUGAUGAAACCUGUGAAGAUGGUAAAAAAAAGAAAAGAAAACGAAGAGUACUUUUUACUAAAGCGCAAACAUUUGAGCUUGAACGAAGGUUUCGUUCACAACGAUAUUUAUCUGCUCCAGAACGUGAAGCUUUGGCUAUGCAGAUUCGUUUAACACCUACACAAGUGAAAAUUUGGUUCCAAAAUCACAGAUAUAAAACAAAAAAAUCAUUACAAGAAAAAUCAGUUGUUAAUAACAGUAUUCUUUCAUCAGCUGUAACAGUAAAUGGGCCAAAUGCAGCUACUGCGGUAGCUGUUGCAUCUGGUACAGCAUUUGGAACAAGAAGAAUGCCAGGAAUAUCUAUGUUAAGUGGAGCAAAAAGUUCUGAUUUUAAUAUGGCAGCACCAAUGACUUCAAUAUCAUUCACUGGUAUAUCACCUCAAUCGGCAGCAGCUUACCUUCCAUAUACAGGAAAUAAUGUUACUACCAAUGGAGUUCAACACAACAAUAAUGGCACUCCUCAUUUUAAUGCACCACACUAUAUGAAUGGUGGUUGGGGGUGGUAA